GCAGAAAAGCACCGGGGAUUCGCCUUCAUCGAGUUUGAGCUGGCGGAGGAUGCAGCGGCAGCUAUUGACAACAUGAAUGAGUCUGAGCUCUUUGGCAGGACAAUUCGUGUGAACUUGGCCAAACCGAUGCGAAUUAAAGAGGGAUCGUCCAGGCCGGUCUGGUCGGACGAUGAGUGGCUGAAGAAGUUUUCUGGGAAGACUCUGGAGGAGAACACGGAGGAGGGAGGAGCAGAGGCCCCCAAACCAGAGGUGCAGGAGGGUGAGCCUCCUGCCAAGAAAUCCCGGGUCAACCCUCAGGUUUACAUGGACAUAAAGAUCGGAAACAAACCCGCGGGGCGGUUGCGGAUCCUCCUGCGCUCAGACGUGGUGCCCAUGACCGUCGAGAAUUUCCGCUGCCUCUGCACCCACGAGAAAGGCUUCGGCUUCAAAGGGAGCAGCUUCCACCGCAUCAUCCCCCAGUUCAUGUGCCAGGCUGGCGACUUCACCAACCACAACGGCACCGGGGGCAAAUCCAUCUACGGGAAGAAGUUUGACGAUGAAAAUUUCAUUCUCAAACACACAGGGCCAGGGCUGUUAUCGAUGGCAAACUCUGGCCCCAACACCAACGGCUCCCAGUUCUUCAUCACUUGCGAUAAAACAGACUGGCUGGACGGGAAGCACGUGGUGUUCGGGGAGGUGACGGAGGGCAUGGACGUGGUGCGGGAGAUCGAGGCUCAGGGCACCAAAGACGGGAAACCGAAGCAGAAGGUGAUCAUCUCGGACUGCGGGGAGUGCCCGUGAGCUCGGCUCU